AUGACUACUCAACAGCCAGUUGCCAAAAAACAGCCAAGAAAUAUCGUAGAGUUCAAAAAACUCAAGCUGAAUGAUACAGAUUAUCACGUAGGAGACACAGUUCAAAUCAAAGAAUACUAUGACGACAGUGCUUAUGGUACAAUUGUGAAGAUCUGGAAAGACACAAAUAAACCUGAUGCUUAUGUGAAGCUUAGAUGGUUUUACAAGCCAGCUGAUGUUUUUCAUGAAGAUCACGAUUUUAUUUCCCGAGCAGAGCUGUUUGAUAGUGACAAUAUUCAAGACAUAUGGGUUCAAUCUCUAUAUGAUAAAGUGACUGUGCUUUCUUUUGAGGAUUAUCAUUGUUUGGAUGAAGUAGAUGACGAUGUUUUCUUUUCAAGAGCAGUAUAUAAUUAUAAAGAUGGCACAAUUACUCCGCCAAUUUCUGAAUGGAAAAAGAACUGUAUAUGCAAGUCGAUAAUAAAUCCAGAUACUCUAUAUGUAGCUUGUGAUAAUUGCUGGGAAUUAUUCCAUCCUCACUGUGUGGGAAUUAGCCCUGAUGAUCCUGGAGAAUGGUUUUGCAGAAAUUGCAAACAAUAG